AUGAGGUAUAUUUUGAAAACAGUAGUUCUGGGCCAGAUGCUUUCCUUGUUUAUCUGUGGGACUGCUGUUACAAGCCAGUACCUAGCAGAGAAAUUCCAAGUGAAUACUCCAAUGUUGCAAAGUUUUAUCAACUAUUCUUUGCUUCUUCUAGUUUACACAACGAUGCUGGCAUUUAGGACUGGCAAUGACAGCCUUCUGCAAAUUCUGAAGCAGAGGUGGUGGAAGUAUAUUCUUUUGGGACUGGCUGAUGUUGAGGCCAAUUACAUGAUUGUCAAAGCAUACCAAUACACGACCCUGACAAGUGUCCAGCUGCUGGAUUGUUUUGGGAUUCCCGUGCUGAUGGCUUUAUCAUGGUUCAUUCUCCGUGCAAGAUACAAACUGAUCCACUUUAUUGCUGUGGCAGUCUGUCUGCUGGGUGUAGGAACCAUGGUGGGCGCAGACAUACUGGCGGGCAGGCAGGACACGGAAGGAAGUGACGUGGUGAUUGGCGAUGUCUUAGUUCUUCUUGGUGCUUCUUUGUAUGCCAUUUCUAAUGUGAGUGAGGAAUACAUUGUGAAAAAUCUGAGCAGAGUGGAGUUUCUAGGAAUGGUGGGCUUGUUUGGGACUAUUAUCAGCGGUCUGCAGCUAGCCAUUGUUGAACAUAAGGACAUAAUGAAAAUUCAAUGGAACUGGAAAGUUGCACUGCUGUUUGCAGCAUUUGCCCUGUGUAUGUUUGGGCUGUAUAGCUUCAUGCCAGUAGUGAUUAAAGUCACCAGUGCAACCUCAGUCAACUUGGGCAUUUUGACUGCAGAUCUCUACAGCCUUUUUUUUGGACUUUUCCUGUUUUACUAUAAGUUUUCUGGCCUUUACAUCCUGUCCUUCGUUGUCAUCAUGGUGGGCUUCAUCUUGUACUGCUCCACUCCAACUCGCACUGCAGAACCCACGGCUGUGCCGCAGCCCGUCAGCGCUGGCGUGGACAACGCUGCGCUGAAGAUCGAGGAGACCGACCGCGAGGCUCCUGCUGCAACGGUGCAGUUCACGGGAGGAGAAACGGUGGUGGUCAGCACCAACUAAAAAAGAUGGCAGCGUUUCAAAAUAGAGCUUCUUUACUGCCAAAAUUUCCCUCAAAUAUUAAUCUGGAGAAUUGUUCUGUUGCCAGGGUGCUGCCUUGAUUUUAAUGCACUGGAUAGACUUUUAAGGCCAGAUCCUCCGUCAGUGAAGCUAUUGAUUUACCCUUGCAGAAAAUCUGGCCCUUAGAAGAAGACAGAAUCGUAUUUAUGUUGAGUCUUUGAGAAGCGAGAGACUGUUAUUUUUUAAGGUUUGAUUAACUUCAUGGCAAAUGCUUCAGGGAAAACUAAGCCAAAGCAAGCUCUCAGGUCACUAGCUGGAGCAAAUACCUUUUAUAUUACAUUAGGGACCUAAAUCUACAAAGUGCUGUUUGAGUGCUCCGUGGCUGCCACACGUCAGUGCUGGGAAACCACUCA